AUGGCUUCUCUGCAAGUUUCGAAUUACAGAACUUUCGACCAAUCGGCAAAUCUCAGAAUCUUUUCUUCGUUUGAUAAAACUGUGAGUUGCUCUUCUUUUUGGGGCAAAGAAUUGGGUUUGAUCGACGGAGGUUUAUCGGUUGUUGGUUUUGGAGAGAAGCGACGUUUUAGUCGGAGAAUUUCUAGGGUUUUUGCAAUGUCUUCGACGUUCAAGAUGAAUCUGAAUGAGUAUAUGGUGACUCUUGAGAAACCACUUGGUAUUCGGUUCGCUCUCUCGGUCGAUGGCAAGAUCUUCGUUCAUGCUCUCAAGAAAGGGGGUAAUGCGGAGAAGUCAAGGAUUAUAAUGGUGGGUGACACAUUGAAGAAGGCGGGUGAAUCGUCUGGUGCAAAGCUUGUUGAGAUUAAGGACUUCGGUGAUACAGAGAAGAUGAUGGAAGUGAAAUCUGGAUCUUGUAGCCUUGUCCUUGAGAGACCCUUCUCUCCUUUUCCUAUUCAACAACUUCUUCUCAUGAGUGAUCUUGAUAUUUUAUUUAAUAGAGGUCGUGUUGCUGUCUCCAGUUGGAACAAAAAUAUAUUGGCCUCAAACUUGCAAACAUCUUCUGAGGGCAGUGGGAAUUCUGGGUUUGUGAUGUUCUCCUCAAAAUUUCUAACUUCCCGAGGAUGGAACUUCUUGAAUGACCAAAAUGGACAGGCUCAGUCGCAACUGUGGAAAAACACUCCUGCUGCACCAUUGAGCCAACUUGUGACCAUAUUUGCCGAGGAAGAAUCAGGAGAGGCUGAAUGGGCUCAUGGGAGUUUUCCAUUGGAGGAAUACAUUAAGGCAUUGGAUCGUUCUAAAGGGGAAUUAUAUUACAAUCACAGUCUUGGUACAAGGUAUAGUAAGAUCACUGAGCAAAUAUAUGUGGGAUCAUGUAUACAAACGGAAGCUGACGUAGAGACUUUGGCAAAUGUUGCAGGAGUCACUGCUGUCCUGAACUUCCAGAGUGGAAUUGAAGCAGAAAAUUGGGGAAUUAAUUCAAAAUCAAUCAAUGAGUCAUGCCAACGUGAGAAGGGAGAGCUAGGACCUGUUGCAGCAGCAAAAAUUGAUCAAAUUACAGCAGAGUUGCAAACAGUUGACAGCAAAGGGUUUAACCCUGUUGAGAGGCUGAAAAACGGCUUCAUUCAUUUUAAAAAAGAGAAAUACGAGUGAGUAAAUUUUGUUCGUAUUUUAAUUUUUUUUAUAUACUAUCCUAUCCUAUCCACUCUAAUUUAGCAGCAUCUUUAUUAACUCUUUUAGACAGUAGCAGCUUUUGUGUCCAAUCUUUGGCGGAUUGCUCCGUCCGGCCAUUGCUGACAUGAUGAGUUAUUUGUGAUUUCAGAACGAAUCCGAGCUUAUACGGUGAACUUGCCAAAGGCCAGAGCCCUAAG